CAUUUCAUUAACAUCAACCGGCUGCCCAAAACAUAAAAGCAUCAAACCCUAAACCCCCAAAAUCAAACUUUCUCUGUACUUAAAGAGCUUACUCAAAACUUUCGGUGUCGCUAUCGAGAGAAGUUUCUUGAACUCUCUUGCCAGCGCAGAGGCGCAUAAUUCCGUUUUCUCAGUUUAUUUAGGGUCUUUGAAGCAGUUUCAGAAGCUACCAUGGGCUAUGCACAACUAGUUAUUGGCCCUGCUGGCAGUGGAAAGUCAACUUACUGCUCAAGUUUGUAUCGAUACUGCGAGAAUAUGCAGCGGUCAAUACAUAUUGUGAAUCUUGAUCCUGCUGCAGAAAAUUUUGACUAUCCUGUAGCUAUGGAUAUUAGAGAACUUAUUUCACUGGAUGAUGUUAUGGAGGAGCUUGGAUUGGGUCCCAAUGGUGGUUUGUUAUACUGCAUGGAACACUUGGAAGACAAUCUAGAUGAUUGGUUGGAAGAAGAACUGGAGCAUUAUAGGGAGGAUGACUAUCUAGUUUUUGAUUGUCCAGGCCAGAUAGAACUUUUCUCACAUGUGCCGAUGCUUCGGAACUUUGUGGAGCAUUUGAAGCGUAAGAAUUUUAAUGUCUGUGCAGUGUACUUGCUUGAUUCACAGUUCAUCACAGAUGUCACCAAGUUCAUAAGUGGGUGCAUGGCAUCUCUUUCUGCAAUGGUCCAACUUGAAUUACCCCAUGUCAAUAUCCUCUCUAAAAUGGAUCUUGUCACAAACAAAAGAGAAAUUGAAAACUACUUGAAUCCAGAAUCUCACGUUUUGUUGUCAGAGUUGAAUCAACGGAUGGCUCCCCAGUUUGCAAAGCUAAAUAAAGCUCUAAUUGAACUUGUGGAUGAGUAUAGCAUGGUUAGUUUUGUGCCACUUGACUUGAGGAAGCAGAGCAGUAUACGGUAUGUAUUGAACCAAAUCGACAACUGCAUCCAGUAUGGAGAAGAUGCAGAUGUGAAAGUCAAGGAUUUAGAUCCACCAGAGGAUGACUAAUCCAGUCAAUUGUGAAACUGUCUGAUGUAGAUACCUAUACAACUUUAUGUUUUCUGUUUUUCGCUUCUGAAAGCUUUUAGUAGUAUGGAUUCAAAGGGCAGUAGCCUACUUUCUCUCAA